AUGAUCUCACACUUUGCACUUUGCAGGGAUGUUUUUGGAUCAUCCAUGGGAGUUAUACUCGAUAAGACUCUCACAACUCGUACUCAUGAUUUUUGAUCUUGAUAUCACUUGUUGAAUCAUAUGUUGUUGUCAAUGCACUCAAAAUUAAUUAGUGUUAAAAAUUUAUGGCAUAAUUUAUUUUUAAGAUGAUAAAAGGUAACGAUAUUGUGGACAUACCCGACAAAUGCUUGGCGGUUGAUACAUUAUUCCCUUUACGUUUUAAAUUCAAGCACUGGGGAAUGGAACGUCUCAAGCACCUUUUAUUAUUUAAAAUAAAAAAUAGUGGGGUGAUUGCAGGUAUUUUCUUUUUUAAAUCAACUUUUGCAUUUAUCAAGAUUUGGCAAAUGUGCCUCAUUGCUUUUAUAUAUAUCUUUUCUUUGCUGAACCAGUGGCAAGCAUUCUAGUUCUCUUUAGUCUGUUUGCUACUGAACUUCUCUACUUUUGGUCUGCGAGCAGGUGUGGUUGUGUGGACAGCUGGUGUGGAAAGCGUAUGGAAUUGCCCUGUUCAAUGGAGAGGAGAGCGGAUGCUGUUUUUUGUUUUGUGGCCUUCUUGUGCUUAUGGACUUCAGCAACUGGUUUGCUUUCUCCCAAAGGUGUCAACUAUGAAGUUCUAGCUUUGAUGGGCAUCAAAGAUUCUCUGGAGGAUCCUCAUAAUCUUCUGGAAAAUUGGGAUGAGACUGCUGUGGAUCCAUGUAGCUGGACCAUGGUCACUUGCUCACCUGAUGGUUUGGUCAUUAGCCUAGGAACUCCAAGCCAGAACUUGUCCGGUUCCUUGUCACCUAACAUUGGCAACUUGAAAAAUCUCCAGUCUGUGCUUCUGCAAAACAACAAUAUAUCAGGACCAAUCCCCUCUGAGAUUGAGAAACUCCAAAAGCUCCGCACACUUGAUCUUUCUAAUAACAACUUCACCGGUCAACUUCCCAAUAAUCUAUUGCACCUGAAAAAUCUUCAAUACCUGCGGCUAAACAAUAACAGUCUCUCUGGAGUUAUUCCUCCAGCUUUAGCUAAUAUGACCCAGCUUUCUUUCGUGGAUCUGUCUUAUAACAAUUUGAGUGGUCCUGUACCCAAGUUGCAUGUCAAGUCAUUCAAUAUUGUUGGAAACUCCUUGAUAUGUGCCACCGGAACUGAGAAGGAUUGUUUUGGAACGACAUCAUUGCCACCUUCUUUCGCCUUGAAUUAUUCGUCGAACUCUCAAAAUACCGGAACAACUAAGAGACAAAAAACUGCCUUAGCCUUUGGUUCAAGCUUAGGGUGCAUCUGCCUAUUAGUUCUUGGGUUUGGUUUCCUGCUUUGGUGGAGGCAACGGCACAACCAGCAAAUAGUUUUCGAUGUUUUUGAACAACAUCAUGAAGAACUUUGCCUUGGAAACUUGAGGAAAUAUCAGUUCAGAGAACUACAGAUUGCUACAAGCAACUUUAGCAGCAAAAACCUGAUUGGAAAGGGUGGUUUCGGUAAUGUCUAUAAAGGGUGUCUUCAAGAUGGUACAGUAGUAGCAGUGAAAAGGCUCAAAGAUGGAAAUGCCAUUGGGGGUGAGGUCCAAUUUCAAACGGAAAUUGAGAUGAUCAGUCUAGCAGUGCACCGGCAUCUUCUCCGGCUCUCUGGAUUUUGUAUGACUUCCACGGAGAGGCUUUUGGUUUACCCGUAUAUGUCGAAUGGGAGUGUUGCUUCCCGUCUCAAAGCAAAACCAGCACUGGAUUGGGGGACAAGGAAAAGAAUUGCCUUGGGAGCUGCAAGGGGUUUGUUAUACUUGCAUGAGCAGUGUGAUCCAAAGAUAAUUCACAGGGAUGUGAAAGCUGCAAACAUAUUACUUGACGACUUCUGCGAGGCUGUGGUAGGAGAUUUUGGACUAGCAAAGUUGUUGGAUCACCAGGAUUCACAUGUGACAACAGCCGUUAGAGGCACUGUGGGGCAUAUAGCUCCAGAGUAUCUCUCCACAGGCCAGUCCUCUGAGAAAACAGAUGUUUUUGGGUUUGGGAUCCUUCUGCUUGAGUUAAUAUCUGGGCAAAGAGCUCUUGAGUUUGGGAAAACUGCAAACCAGAAAGGAGCCAUCCUUGAAUGGGUGAAGAAAAUUCAUCAGGAACGGAAGCUUGAAAUGCUAGUUGACAAGGACCUGAAAAGCAACUAUGAUCCAAUAGAGCUUGAAGAAACGGUUCGAGUUGCUUUGUUAUGUACUCAAUACCUUCCAAGUCACCGACCAAAGAUGUCUGAAGUGGUACGAAUGCUAGAAGGAGAUGGUCUUGCAGAAAAAUGGGAAGCUUCUCAGAGAGCUGAAUCAACCAGAUGCAGAGCCAAUGAAUUCUCCUCUUCGGAGCGAUACUCUGAUCUCACUGUUGACUCUUCUGUGCUUGCCCAAGCAAUGGAGCUCUCUGGACCCAGGUGACAUGCAUGGUUGUAAAAUGCAGACAAAAGUAUGAAAGCAAGAGCCAAUGGCACAUUUCUUUUCCAAGAAUUUGGAAGGGGAAAAAAAUAAAAUCCCUGUGGAAAUGAGUCGGUUAUAUAUUAGAAUCAUUGAAGCAAGAGUCGUGUUUAUUUCUUACUGUACAGAAGCUGAUUUAAGAAACCAUGUCAAGAAUUUGUUGGCAAGAAUAAUGAUCUUGUAUUGAAUUUUGUUUGUCUUAAUAGCUAGCAUGUUGAAUCCGGAAAGAGAUUCAUUACCAUC